UGUUCAGUAUCGCCUGCUGCAAAGAAAUAUUAGAUAUAUUUCAUACAUAAUCCAUAAUUUUCAAGAUCAAAUCGAAUCGAUAAGGAAAGUUUGAAAAUGUCAAAAAUGUACCAGUGGAACAUAAUAUCAUGACGGAAAUCCGCAUCGCAUGUUAAAAAUCAACAAAUUGAAACGGACAACGAUAUAAGCAAUAUCGGUUCUAGACCAAUUAAUGUCGAGUAAAGACGAGUUACCGACAAGAUACAUUCAUACGACAGAGAAAUGUGUGUAGCCUGAUAUAUAUAAGUGAACCGGGUGACCGAUCUUUGACAACAGAUAGCCUGCUCUGACUAAACUCCACCCCCGGUAGCUACAGCUGUAAGCACGGGUGUGGACAAAGAUCGCGGAGGCGUUCUGUUUACUACAAAUUACCGGCUCCGUUAAUGAGGAUCAGUUUAUGAAAUAGCCACAGGUCAAUCGACAUCUCUGGAGCCGUCAGCGGAAUCGUUAACAGUGUUUGUGGUGAACAGAUUUCCUGCUGUGGCUAGCAGCUGUAUACCGUCCACGUUAUCUAUUUAACCAACAAUGCAGUUUACAAACAUUCAUAUCAUAACUGUGAUUUUAAUUGUUAUUAUUAUGGAGUUAAUACUCGUGGAAGGGAGUUUUCAGUGUUUCCGGAAGCACAGAAAGGGCAGACGGAAGGAGUUUUGUAAAGGACCAAUGAAAAAUAAGCGGAAGUAUGGUUCACCUGAAAAAUGUUGCGCAAAAAGGGGACAAGGGUUCGCCACGAGAAUAAAAAAGAUUGGAAAGAAUCGGUACAAGUGUACUCCCUGUACGAUUUUACUCACCACAACUACGCCGGUCACUACUCCGAUGCCAGACUGGGGUGAGUGGGGAGAAUGUAGUACCUCAUGUGGUGCCGGAUGGAGAUCACGGUAUCGAAUGUGCACCGACUGUGAUAAGAACCACUUCAACAAUGUACACUCGGAACCGUGCAUGCUAAACUUCUACUGUCCAGUGGACGGUAACUGGGGGCCAUGGUUUGGAUGGACUGCGUGUUCGAAGAGCUGUGGAGGAGGGACCAGGAUGCGGGAGAGAACGUGUAAUUACCCCCCUCCCACCCACGGGGGCCGGGACUGUCCCGGAGAUGCCGGGGAGGAACAAGAGUGUAACGAGGCUCCGUGUUUAAUUAACGGAAACUGGGGAGCGUGGUCCCAUUACAGUCUGUGCAGUGUAACAUGUGGAUCUGGCUCGAUGACACGGACACGCCGGUGUGACAACCCGACCCCGCGUCACGGGGGGAAGGCCUGUCCGGGGUCGGGUAGAGACUCAAGGAGAUGUACCAACCGACAAUGUCCACAGCAUGGAGGCUGGUCACUUUGGGGAUCCUGGAAUAAUUGUCCGGUCACUUGUGGGGUAGGACAGAGGAUGCGAACCCGGGAAUGUAAUAGUCCUCGGCCCCUGUUUGGUGGCCGAAAAUGUCAGGGCAGGAGAGAGGAGGUGCUUCGAUGUGAUGCUGGCCGACCGUGCCCAAGAAACGGAGGAUGGUCAUCGUGGACAGAUUUUGGUCGGUGUCGCGCUGCACGGUGUCAGGAGGGAAUACAGAUCCGGUCCAGGAGUUGUACAAGUCCCCGCCCAAAAUACGGAGGUAGACCAUGUGUGGGCCAACCCAAAGAGGAGCAGAGGUGUGUUAACACUAUCAAUUGUCCCAUCCAGGGAAAUUGGUGUGAUUGGCUGGAGUGGUCUGCGUGCACGGCCACGUGCACAGGCUUGAGUUCCAUGCAAGUGCGACAGCGGAAAUGUGAAUGCCCCGCCCCUAACACAGGAGGACAAGGUUGUUUAGGUGAGAGUUUUGAGGUUCGAGAAUGUGUCAAUGUUCCCCCCUGCAGAGGAUUGUCGGAGUUUUUCCCAGACGGCGAUGGCGGACGGAGAGGGAAGGGAGGAGGCGAUCUGUUCACUCCAAUCACUGGUUCGGGAGAUGGAAGUAAAACAAACGGUGACCAGGAAGAUGACCUAGAAAAGAAUGUUGUGAACGAACUGUGAAUUCGUUUUAACGGAAAUUCGGAUUAAUACACGAGGAAAUCGUUAUUCUGUCUGUCUAGUUCGCUCGCGGUACCUUCUCUGUGGGACCGACCACAGUGGGUAUGCUGACGUAAAAGUGUUCUGUGUGGAGGGGUUAUAUCAGAACUGGACAGGUGGAAUACAAAGACAUUAUCGAAACAGAGAAAAGACAUUGGUUUGUUUGACGAAUUCUCCACCAUGGAGUCCAACUGUACAUGAGCAUUCCAGGACAAACAUGGUAUGGGAGACCUGUGGCGGAACGUCGUGGAUAUUUCUUGGCUGUACAUGUCACAAAUACAGUGUACCGCGUAGAGCGUCUGCUGGUUGAUCUAUCGUCACAAACUAUUUACACCCGACACUCAUUUGUUCAUUUAGAUGAACAUUAAAAUGAAAAAAAGUUGUGAUUUAUCAAAUUUCAGGUUUCUACGCUAGAGUAAUAUAUCUUUAAAAAUUCCGUUGUAUAUCUCAUUUUAAACUAUAUACAUGUUUUUUAUUGUCACUAAGUGUUGUGUAAAUAUUCUUCAUAUGUGUCUGUAUCUAUAGACUCCUUGUUUGUCGUCACACACUGAAAUGUAGACCCUUUCCUAAAGUGUGGAACCUUAAAAUUCCGAGACAACUCACAUUUUUACGCACAUCAAAACAUAUUUGUAACAUAAAACAAAAUGUUUAAUCUCAUAAUUUUAUGCACCUCACAGGAAUGAUAACAAUCCUAGUAUUUUGAGAUCGUUUUUAUAGAAGAAAUAAAAUACUAGAUAUUAGACAAUACAUUAUCAUUGGUCCACUUGCUUGAACAAUGGAAAAUUUUAACCUUUUAUUGUCGGUCAUUAAAAUGGAUAUGGAAAACCCAAUUUCUGUAGGUAACCAUAUAUAUUGAUCUUUUAUCAGUUCAUACUUUGAAGCUGAUACAACUUCCAUUGUAUCUGUAGCGAUGAUUAUCUUGCCAAUGUGUUGUACCUAGAGUAAGUACUUGGUGGACGUCUUUUUUUAAAUAAAAUUACUAAAAACCUGAA